GGUGCUCCUCGCGCACUCACACAAACAUUUCUCUCCGUCUCUCCACCGGUUGUUCUGUCUCACACUGACCGGUUAAAGAUGUUCUGCAGACGGCUGCUGCAGAGAGUCACACCGCUGACUCGGAGGUCUCUCAAUCCCACAUGCAGAGAUGGUGAGUCAGCAGUUUCAGUGCGACACAUGGCCUUCGGGGUCCCAGGUGGCUCCACCAGCAUGACAUACUUUCUUCUGUGUGGAGGAGGACUCACUGCUGCAGUCGUCUAUGCUUACAAGACAGUGAGUGGUGACAGUAAAAGUUAUGAGAACAGACCGGCCGACAUGGACUUGGCAACAAAGGUGUCCUUAGCUGAAGCAGCAUCAGAGGCCUCAGCCCCUACACCUGAGCCCACGGUGCAGGAGGCCACGUCUGAAGUAAUUGAAGUUGAAGUUGUUGCAGAGUCUGUUCCUCCUCCUGCAGAGGAAACAGCUGAGCCUGUCGCUGAAGCCGUGUCCGAGGACGCUGCAGAUGUGGUUGUUUUGGAGGCUCCAACAGUCGCAGAAGAAGCACCUGCAGAGGAAGAGGCUGAGCCGGAAGCUGCUUCUGUCGGCGCAGAAGUUACUGUCAUAGUGGAGGCUCCAGCAGUGGUAGAAGAAGCACCUGCAGAGAAAGGGGCUGAGCCUGAAGCUGCAUCUGUCGCUGCAGAAGUUAUUGCCUUAGUGGAGACACCAGCAGAGGAUGCAGCAGCAGCAGAAGAGGACACAGCAGCACUGGAGAUCACUGGUACGGCUACACUGGAUGAAAUCUCUCCUGUUCCCUCAGCUGAGGUUGAGGCUGCUCCUGCUUCAGAAGUGGCUGCAUAAACCUCAUGAGCCUGAAUAAAGGGAUUGGGUCAGCUGUGCUGUGUCUCUCCUAGAAACAAAAGGACUCAUGUAUUCCUAUUUUUAAAAACCUGAGUACACGCAAAAAAUUAUCAGUUACAUUUUCGGGUGCCUUUUCUUCCUUUUACCUCACUUCAACCUUUCAGAGCUUAAACCACACACAUUUAGGAUUAGGGUAUGAAAGUGGAUUAUGUUUAAAAUAUUCUGUUUGUAUACAAAUGCUGAGGAAAUACAGUAUUAAGGGAUUGAACAGAGUGGACAAUUAAUGUUCUCUGUGAAAUAAUAUUUAAAGUUGCCUUAAAAACGGGACAUGGUCCAGUUCUGUCAUUGUCCUCUGCUCGGCAAAUACUUUAAUUCUCAGCAUUCAGUAUUUACCCUGAAUGUUGUCUUAGAUUAUGAUUAUAAUAUUAAUAAUAUAUAGUGGUUGUUUCAUUCAGAUUAAACUAAAGUCUGUUCGGUGUUUAGUUUUGGGGCUGCAGGUGUGUUUCACUCUCAGAUAGAGAAAAAAGUUAAAACGGAAUCAUUUUCCUCAUUGUUUUUGUCACAAUCUGACUUUUAGUUGAAUCCUUAUAUUUUCAGUUGCUCAGUUAUCACACCUUUUCCCUAAUAAUGCCAUUUUUUAGUAUGUAAGUAUUUCACAGACAUCCUUGCUCUGUCUGGUGUCUUUCACUGUGAAACUGAUCUUUCAGGGAUAAUCACAGAAAAGAAACUAUCUAUUCACCGCUUUCCGAACACUGAAAGAUACAAAAAUUGAUGUUGAUUGAUAAGAAAGUUGUGUAAGUGUUAAAAUAAAGUUACUUGUUGAUGGUUGGA